AUGAAGGCGUUCCAUCUCAUAAGCAGAAAUUGCAAAGGACUAGCAAAUGUUCUGUUCCAGCAUCAGCACAUUUCAGCGUUCUUGUCCACAUCCUGCACCUCACACAGCAAGAAAAACAAAGUAAAUGGUUAUGAAGAUGUUGAUCAGGAGAGAUACAACAGUCUGGUCCGGAUGGUUAGAUCCUCUAGGACUAGUAGUCAGACUCCAGAGAGGAUAUUUGAAGAAGACAACUUCUUAUAUGGUAAAGUGAUAAAGUCGCAGCUGCCAUCAGAAGAACCUGAACCUAGCGUACCCCAGAGCAAUUCAUCACUGUACAACUCCAACAAAGUGAUACUGCCUACAGAAAAGACAGACCCCAGUAUACCAGUGAAAAUCGGCUUACCAGCCAGAGAUCAGAUGGCUAACGGCAGACUGCCGAGUGUCACUCGUAUCCUUCAACAGACCAUGCCAAUGGAGCAAGCAUUUCAUUUGGAAAGGUGGAAGCAAAGAAUGAUAAUGGAACUAGGAGAGGAAGGAUUCAUUGCGUACACAGCAGCUGUUUUCUCACAGGGAAAGCUGUUCCAUGCCAGGCUGGAGGAUGUGCUGCAGUGCAGAGAUGACGACAUUCACAGGCCAGACGAUACCGAGGCCAUGUCAGGAUACCUGGCCAGUGUGGAGCAUGUCCUGUCCGAUGUUGCAGAACUAAGGACACUGGAAAGUGCCGUUCUCCACUCUGAGCUAAAGUACUUGGGCAUUGUAGAUUGCGUUGCUCAUUAUAGGGGAAAACUUUGUAUAAUAGACUGGAAAACCUCUGAGAAGCAGAAGGCACACAUACAGAGAACAUUUGACAAUCCACUACAGAUUGCUGCUUAUGUUGGCGCUCUAAAUCAUGAUGCCAAUUAUAACUUUCAAGUUGAUUGUGGACUGAUAGUGGUGGCAUAUAAAGAUGGAUCUCCUGCACACGCACAUCUUAUGGACCCGGCCCUGUGCAAGUAUUACUGGGACAAGUGGCUGCUACGUCUGGAAGAGUAUAAAGAGAAAAAGGAGGAAACAAAAUAGCAAUAGAAUACGUUCUCUGUGCUGGUCACAUGA